CCAAAUGGAGGAAUGAGUAUUCCGAAACUCUCUUUUUAGAUAUCCAAACAUGGCGUCCGACCUCCACAUAGCCGCUGUAAAAGGGAAUGUGCCUUCUUUGCUUGAAUUGCUCGCAAAAGAUAAGCUGCUUCUCGAUAGAAUCGUGCCUGGGAAUCAAAUUGAGACUCCUUUGCACAUUGCAGCUUUGCUCGGACACUUGGAUUUCGUGGAAGAGGUCCUAGCUCGAAAGGCCGAGCUGGCAAAAGAGAAAGAUUCUCUGGGAUCGACCCCUCUUCAUCUCGCAUCCACAAAAGGGCACCUUAACAUAGUGGUAAGCUUGUUAAGAGUCGACCCUGAUUUAUGUUUUUUUUGUGACAAUUAUGAAAGAAACCCUCUUCAUAUUGCGGCCAUUAAAGGCCAUGUGGAUGUGUUGGAAUACUUAGUUCGAGUGAGACCUGAUGCAGCUCGUCGUGCUGCGGAAAAUGGCCAGACAAUUAUGCAUUUAUGCGUGACUUAUAAUAGACUAGAUGCUUUGAGACUUUUGAUAGAUAUCUUAGGCGGAGAUCUCAUCAACUCGAGGGAUGUACAUGGCAACACGAUUUUGCAUUUGGCUGGUGCAGAUGGAGAUACUAAGACUAUGCUCUUCCUGACUAAUAAAGGAGUUAAACCAAACAUUAAGAACUCCAAAGGUUUCACAGCACUCGACCUAUUAGCACAAAGUGAAAGGGAGAAAAGAAACCUAUUAGCACAAAGUGAAAGCGAGGAAAGAAAGAGAAAGUGGCAAAACAAUAUGCAGAAGACGCUAAUGGUGGUAGCGACAUUGCUAGCUACCAUGACAUACCAAGCCGGUAUUACCCCACCUGGCGGCCUUUGGGAAGGAGACUCGGAUGAUGCAAAGAGUUUAGAAGAUUAUGCAAGCAGUCCAAAAAGUUAUGCGGGUGAAUCUGUAAUGGCAUUUCAGCACUGGGAAAUGUACCAGGUUUUCUUAACUUGUAACACGAUAAGCUUCAUCGCAUCGCUUAGCAUCAUGAUGCUCUUCAUAAGUGGUCUUCCUCUAAAGCGGCAUCGGAUCACCACGUGGCUUGUAAUGCUGACUAUGUGGGUUGCGAUAACCUUUGCGGCAGCAACUUAUGCCAUCUCCAUAUCUGAACAGGAUUCUUCCAGUAAUGCAAGUGGAUAUGUAGUGCUUGCAUGGAUUGGAUUGAUGGCUAUUCUUUUCCUGUGCCACUUUAUUCGUUUAAUCGUGAAAUUGGUGCGCAAGGUUCGAGGAUGCAUCUGCCAAGUAGCACAUAUGAUUGCAAAUGCAUUUAGUCCAGCAGGAACGGCCUGAGCCCUAUGGGCAUAAAAGAGCGGAUGCUAUACAGUGUAUGUGUUGUUCAGUGUGCCGAUUAGACAACUUAGCUACGAUGCAUAAGAGUAUGGCAUGUGUUUGUGAAAACAAUGAAUGUUCUAAGUGUGUUGAAUUUAUGUAAAAGUUUGAAUUUAGAUGUAUAAUGGAUGGCUGUUUUAUUUGAUU